CCAGAAGCUGAUUGGCUGUACGUGGGCAUUUAAGGAAGGCGGUUGGCAGAUUAGGAUCGGGAUUAAAUGAAGUUUAAGUCAAAGGCUGACAACAACACGGUUGCUGGUUGCGAGCAUUACUACCCCACUCAUCCAGCCCCCUGCAAUCGGGGUGGAGGGGGAGCGAGCGGCGCUAAGGGGGGAGGAGUACAGGGGGGCAAUUUAGCCUGGCCCACUUGAGCUCGGAGGGCGGGAACCUGGCACCGAGUCCCACGUGCUCCGCCAGAGCCUGCAGGAAUUAAGGAGCGUAAGCCAAACACCUUGAGCGCCAAGCGAGACCCUCGCCAGCGCGCGCCAAAGAGAAAUAAACGAAGUAAACCAGGGAGAGAGAGAGAGAAAUAGUGCGCCUCGCCCAGAGAGAGAGAGAUGCCUAGAGGUAGAACAGAGAAAAGUGAAGCUAAAAGACCAUUGACUUGAAGGCAAGCGAUCUGAUACGUCGAGGAUUCGGGGAAACCACCCGCCCGCCACCCCGGCCCCACCCUUUCCAACCCUCCCACCCCUACCCGCGCGUGCGCGCCAGCCACUCAAGCGUCGGCGGCCGAGAAUUUUAGCGCUUUGCGCCGAGUUUCCCUUCAGCCAUUCGAUCCUGCAAAGUGGCGUCGUUUGUGGCUCGACAAAGCAUCCCUCCGAAAGAUUGUCGGCGAUGACUGCAGUCAGAGCCUCGUAAACUGGCGAUAACGCGGCUGUGGUGGUGGUGGUGGCGGCGGCGGUGGUGGUGUGUAGGGGAGGUCAACGAGGAGAGCGCCGCAGCAGCAGCAGCAGCAGACUCGUUUACUACGCUCGGACAAAAAGUCUCGUUAGCCGGGGCUGGACGCUAAACUGUGAUUGUCUGUCUGUCUUGUUGGCUUGCUGCCGCUGCUUCGUUUUGGCCUGGACACCGGCAGUGUCUGGAAUUCUCUCUCGUCACAGCCCCAACCCCUCUACCCCAACUCCCUCAUUGCCUUUCUUCUACGACGAAGUUUGUCGUCUUCGACUUCCCAAACCUUCCACCAAGAAGUUGUGGAUCCUGGAGAGUAAGUCGGCACACUCUACGGUGGACAAGGUUGACACUGAACAUGAUGGUGAUACAAAGGUGAAAGUGGACAUACAAAACGUUGAAAGUCGUUACAAAGUUGUGUCCACCCACAUUGGAGGAUGUUUCAUGUCCACUUCAUUGACCUACUGAUCCACACCAUCUGGACCAUCGUUUGUUUCUGUUACUGACUCGCUUUCGCAGACCGCGAAAAAGUUUGUUUACCCUGUCUCCUUCAUCCUAGAAGAAAGGAGAGAGAAAAAAAAACCAACAACUACAACCACUACUUCCGCAGAUUGCACGUUCUUCAUACAUUCGUCAUAAGUCUCGGACAUUUUCUUUUUUCCUCCCUCGCAAAGCGAGAAGAUAGAGGGAAAUGGCUAUAUUAAAGCCCGGCAGCAAUUAAUUAAGUGACGAGAUACUUGCUGGGACGGCAAGCACAUUUCCAUCGACUGGCCUGAAAGAGGAGAAGUUUGUGUCAAAAGCAAAAAGGCUCGCUAUUUCAUCAGCUGUUUACAAAAGGGCUGCACGUGCUGGUUUCCGAGCAUCAGCCAUCAGCCCCCUUCUUUUUAAAAGAGGACAGGGGGCUUUUUUAUGUGUAAUUUCCCUCCACUUUCCAAUCUCGGCAAAUCUCAACUUUGAUAAGGAGGGGAGGGGGAAAAGAAGGGAAAGCAAGCUCUCCCUCCCCGACUUAUCGAUUUUCGCUUUGAAAACGAGGAGGGAGAGAGAGAGAAGCCGUUUAACGGCGGGAGAGGGAAGAAAAAAAUGUAUGCCAGAGAUGACUGCGGCAAGUGUUGAAGAUCGGGUUCUGAUUUUUCGAGAUAGUUAUUGCCAGCUGGGAUUUUUUUUCUUGUUCUUCUUCUUGGGCAAGUGAAUUCCCAAUGUGAUGAUCACUCUUUAUUUAAACUCUUGUAACAUGUCUCGUACCCUCCCGCAUCUACUGCCAUGUUUUACGGUCGUUUGAACGAUGACAAGAUUUGAGGAGAGAAGAUGGCGCUAAACACGGAUAGCAAGAAAGUAUCUUAAAAAAAAAAACCAAGCAAUAUUUUUGCUUAUGUCUAGAUGAAGGAGAUAUCAGACUACAACCACCACAACAUAAUACAGUUUUAAAAAUACAUCGAGGACCGAUUGAAUCAGGGAAGAACUUUUUUCUUGGUUGUACCGAAAGAGGGCGCCUCUGUUUUGUGUCACAGAAAUACGUUCUGUCAGGGAAGCAAGGGUUAGGUAAGAGGCAGCCCUGCCCACCAGCCUGUCACAUCGGGUGCCCCCACCACCCCAUCGUCAAGGACAGCGCGCCACGACGUCGCCCACGACGGACCACCAUCGAUCGCCCUCGCAACGACCGCAGUCUUUGUCACCGGUGAAGAACCACGUCGUGGAAGACAAAGACGCGAAUGUUGCACACCCAGAUUGGAAUAUCAGGCUCCCGCUGCCAACCAGCCGAUGGUUGCUUUUUUUAAAAAAAAGAUUUCAUUGCUGUUCUCGUUAACAGAUACAUCUGGCAUCUAGCGCAUUAGUGGGCGGCGCGUGAAAUUUGUGCAGCGCCCUCGUCAAGUAGUUUUUUUUCUCUGGAAGUUGCAAUUUGUCUGUCUCUUCGUGUUCCUCCACGUGACGUCUGGCCCACGAGGCGACGAAGGGUGUUUUGAUUCUCCUAAGAAAAAGGAAACAAACAAAUAAACAAAAAAAAAACAAUUGAGGUAACUUGAAUAACAACGGGUUGUGUCGGCUCGCGGAGUUGUGUUGGUCUCCUGUUCAUGUUACUGUGUGGUUGUGGAGUCGUCGUCCUUUCUCAUCGUCCCUGUCGUUGGUGAGGAACUGACUGAACAGCAAGAGUUCUUCAAGCCAGGAGGACAGGUCUCUAGCUUCUACAGCCUGUGUGAUGGUGAUGCGGGACGGGGCAUCGUCCAGCAUCUUGUGCCACAUGGAGAGGGGCGCAUCCAGCCAGACCGGCACCAGCAUCGGACACCCGGUGGGCAUUGCUGGAGGGGUGAGCGUUGGCAUGAUGGUGUCGCGACAGGUGCAACACCUGAGCGGCUUCCCCCUGGUGGUCAGCGGGGGGAGUUUGAACCCCACGGUCACCUACACUACCCCACGAACGUGGCACCCGCACAUCUACGAGCGACCACCCCGACAACCCACAUCCUUCCUGAUCGCGGACAUCCUGGGCAUCAAAGACUCUCUUCACCGCCAGGAAAAAUGCGCACAGCCCUCGUCGCCUGAACACAGAGCCUCCCAGCACCAUCAGCACCAACACCAGCGCCAUCACAACCACCACCACCAUCAUCAUCAUCAACAGCAGGUCAAGUCUCGCCUGACCUCCAUCGACGACACGGAACGCCGGGAGACUUCGACACGAGAAAACAGCGCCAAGAACCACAGCAACAACAGCAGCAGCAGCAACAGCAGCAGCAGUAGCGCCAGGUCAAACAGCGGGUCACCACAUUCUCCGAAUUCAGAGUCGGACAGCGCAGAGAAGAAGAGAAAAAACGGGGAUGAAAAUGGAGAGCAGCCAGCUAAGAAGAAGAAAGCCAGAACUACCUUCACCGGCCGGCAAAUAUUCGAGCUGGAGAAGCAGUUCGAGCAGAAGAAGUACCUGUCGUCCGCAGAACGCGCUGAGAUGGCGGCGCUUUUGAACGUCACCGAGACACAGGUGAAAAUCUGGUUUCAAAACCGCCGCACCAAAUGGAAGAAGCAGGAAAACAUUUCCAGCGCCGAGGUGGCCGAACACAAGCUGAACGCCGAGAAACAUCUGUUGAAGUCGAGCAAGAACAAGAAACAAGGGGAGAAAACCGCAACACUGGCGGCAAACACUCCAGCUGCGGCAUCGACAUCAGCAACAGCAGCAGCAGCAACUGUAGCGGCAAGCGAGCAGCUGUCGGAGGACAGCGGUAGUGGUGGUGUGUGCCCCGAGCCAGUUGACUUAGGGGUGGUGGUCGUGGGUGCCGGGUGUGGAGGGCACCUCACUAAGGGCAGACACUCCGGAGGCAGCAACGGUCACAAUGGUGUUCCAGGCCAGUCUGGAAUCAACAGUGGGCCGUUUGGAUGUUCUACACCAACCUCCAUUCCUCUACCCUUGGUCCCCUUGCGUGUCUCGCUCGGCUCUCCACUGGUCCACGGGGGGCCCAUCCUGACAGACACGGCCACCAGCCCCGGCCCGCUCCUAGCAGACGACCUGGAUGCUGAUGACAGCAGUGACAUAGACAUCGCCAGCUUGGAGGAGGGUCCACAAUGCCGUGACCCCGGCCUUGGCCUCUGUCGGCCGACUCACCGGUCAACCUGGUCAAACCCAGAGCGCCGCCGGACUUCCGGUCUAAAAGCCCCGCAGAGCUCAAGAUGAAAAUUGAGGACCUUCGAGGUUGUGACGACAACGGCGUGAUGUUGUCGAACGUCAGCGAGGGUUGUGCGAGGGCCGACGUGAACGACUCUAACCUGGAGGACAGCGGCGACAAGUCGUGCCCCACCGCGUGAUACAAGUGUGACGUCACUUGGGUGACUUUACGCUGACUUAACGCUGACUUUGGUUGACUGGGUAUGCUUUGAUCCAUUUCUUGUGAAAGUUCUUGGUUUUAUUUUAUUAUUUUUUAUUA